AGGUUCCAGAAACUUUAGCAGCUGUAGUGCAGAGGACUUUGAGAAGUUAACUUUGAAUAAAGGAGGAAACUGCCUUCUUAAUAUUCCAAAGCCUGAUGAAGCCUAUAGUGCUCCAUUCUGUGGCAAUAAACUGGUGGACCCCGGGGAAGAGUGUGACUGUGGUACUCCAAAGGAAUGUGAAUUGGACCCUUGUUGUGAAGGAAGUUCUUGUAAGCUUAAAUCAUUUGCUGAAUGUGCAUAUGGCGACUGUUGUAAAGACUGUUGGUUCCUUCCAGGAGGUACUUUAUGCCGAGGAAAAACCAAUGAAUGUGAUGUUCCAGAGUAUUGCAAUGGUUCUUCUCAGUUCUGUCAGCCAGAUGUUUUUAUUCAGAAUGGAUAUCCUUGCCAGAAUAACAAAGCCUAUUGUUACAAUGGCAUGUGCCAAUAUUAUGACGCUCAGUGUCAAGUCAUCUUUGGCUCAAAAGCCAAGGCUGCCCCCAAAGAUUGUUUCAUUGAAGUGAAUUCUAAAGGUGACAGAUUCGGCAAUUGUGGUCUCUCUGGCGGUGAAUACAAGAAGUGUGCCACUGGGAAUGCUUUGUGUGGAAAGCUUCAGUGUGAGAAUGUACAAGAGAUGCCUGUGUUUGGAAUUGUGCCUGCUAUUAUUCAAACACCUAGUCGAGGCACCAAAUGUUGGGGUGUGGAUUUCCAGCUGGGAACAGAUGUUCCAGAUCCUGGGAUGGUGAAUGAAGGCACAAAGUGUGAUUCCGGAAAGAUCUGUAGAAACUUCCAAUGUGUAGAUGCUUCUGUUCUGAAUUAUGACUGUGAUGUUCAGAAAAAGUGUCAUGGACAUGGGGUAUGUAAUAGCAAUAAGAAUUGUCACUGUGAACAUGGCUGGGCUCCCCCGUAUUGUGAGACUAAAGGAUACGGAGGAAGUGUGGACAGUGGACCUACAUACAAUGGCAAGUUUAGCUCAAAAAUAGUUGUAUCUUUCAGAUCAGAUGGCAAAAAUCAAGCAAAUGUUUCCAGACAGCCAGUGAGUGUUCCUCGACAUGUUUCUCCAGCGACGACUCCUAGAGAAGUUCCUAUAUAUGCAAAUAGAUUUCCAGUACCAACCUAUGCAGCCAAGCAGCCUCAGCACUUCCCAUCAAGGCCACCUCCACCACAACCGAAAAUAUCAUCUCAGGGAAAUUUAAUUCCUGCUCGUCCUGCUCCUGCACCUCCUUUAUAUAGUUCCCUCACUUGAUUUUUUAACCUUAUUUUUGCAAAUGUCUUCAGGGAACUAAGCUAAUACUUUUUUUUUUCUGACGUUUUCUUGAAAAGCCUUUCUUCCUGUUGCAACUAUGAAUGAAAACAAAAUACCACAAAACAAACUUUACUAACACAGAAAAACAGAAACUGAGUGUGGGAGUUGAGAAAUACAAGGAAAUGCAGUCAAGCCCGGGAAUUUA